AUGCAGCGACCGACUCUCGAGAACGUCACUGUCAGAACCGUCCGCGACGCCACCCAUAUCUUCUACGCCGUCGCUCGCAACCUGCUCCCUAUCAUCACACGCCGAUUGGACGCUGACGAGCGGCGCGCCAUAAAAGCUGGGAAUGUCUAUGUCUGGGAAGACAGAGGUGGCAACUCCGAGUCCUCUGGCUUGGGCAUGGAGAGAUGGACGGACGGAAUGAGCUGGGGGCCGAGCAGAGUACGAGAUGUUCGUCCCGGAUUCCUCGUAGCCUCGCUCGGCAUACUGAUUAACCGAGAGCAGGAAUUCUUGUACUAUACCCAAAAGGAACGCGAUCCCUCCGCUUCUGGGGCCAACUCUUCGUCGCAUGCCUUCGGAGGGCCACGCUCGUCGAGGCGUCCAGAGCAUCUGAUGAAGCAAACCUACAGCGUUCAUGUGUUCCUCCCUCAAGACCGGGCCCAGGGCGUCAUGCGCAAGUGGCACCUUACCGCGUACUUCUCACAAGAAACGGUUGAUUCGCUAACGCCUGUUAGCGCGCUGCCGGGUAUCGGUGAUGUCACUGUCCCCGAAGGCUGGUUCCGGUCCGCCCGGUCGAGCAAGACCCGGCGCGGCGGUGAGCCCUUCGGUCCA